GAGAUCGCACUCUGUCACAGAAGUUUGGCAGGCCUAAGCAGUGUCACAACGCAAGCUCUCCAUUAAAACUCAGAUCUUCUCUUCCAUACAGACGCUGACAACUUUAGAAAGAGAAAGAAAGAAACAUUUCACUUUGAACCAGUAGCAGUCCGCCUGGAUCACAUUCAACAUCUCUGCACUGGAUCAUGGUCCUUCAGGCCAGCGGUGUCAUGAGUAUCCCAGCUACAGUGAGUGUUAACAACCAGCCACCUGCUUCCUGGACAACCCACUACAACUGCUCUGAUGUGACAUCCGGUUACAUGAGCCGGCUCUGGUCUCAGGAUCUUCAUCCACAAAACUGGACCAAGUACCAGGUGUGGGAAUGGCUUCAACAGACGCUGGACAUGCACCAAAUUGAUGCCACCAGCAUUCCAUUCCAGAACUUUGACCUUGACGGGAGGCAACUGUGCAACAUGAGCUUUCAAGACUUCACACGGGCAGCCGGAUCCGUAGGUUCCAUUCUUUUCCAAAGCCUGACUGACCUCAAGUGGAACGGUCAGUAUGGUCAAACAGAUACGUUUACACCAGGGGACAUUAAAACAGAAAUAGAGACAGACUUCCCUUGUUCAAUCCUCCCCUUCAAAGAAGAAUCCAACUUUUACAACACUUCAGAACUGUUUGAUUUCAAAAGCUCAUUCCAGCCUAACACCAUAUUAUCCUCACCUGCUCCCUCAAGCCCAGAUCCCAAGCGGUCACAAGUCAAAAGACACAACCCUCGCGGGACACACUUAUGGGAGUUCAUCCGAGACAUUCUCCUGAACCCUGAGCGUAACCCCGGCCUGAUCAAAUGGGAGGAUCGCUCCGAGGGGGUUUUCCGCUUCCUCAAGUCAGAAGCCGUGGCUCAGCUUUGGGGCAAGAAGAAAAAUAACAGCAGUAUGACCUAUGAGAAACUCAGUCGAGCCAUGAGGUAUUAUUAUAAACGAGAGAUUCUGGAACGGGUGGAUGGACGUAGACUUGUCUAUAAGUUCGGCCGAAAUGCUCGAGGCUGGAGAGAGUCUGAGAAGUGAAGGACUUUGUCUUCACAUGUAGCUCCCAAGUGAAACCUAUAUUUAUAACAUUGAGUUUUGUUGUUGUUUUUUGAAGUACUUGUCAACUUAUUAUUUGAUUAUAUUUUUAAAUGCUCUUUACAUUGUUUACAUUACAAAUGUACCAUUAAUUUUAUAUGCAUUUGACUCUAUAAGCGUAAAUGUUUUGUAUCUACUGUGAAAAGUCAUUUGUCCUGAAUGCAAGGUCCUGUUCAUCAAGUAGAAUGAACUCAAUUUAGAGUAGACUUAAGGCCUUUUCACACUGAACACGAAAAUUUGGAUCGAAACAAUUGAUCCUAUGGGGCUAUUCACACCUGGCACAAGAAAGUGAGGAUUAUUUUUCAUCAUGUGUGCCGAUUUUUCGCUCCGCGAUGAAACGUGCCAUCCAAUUAGAUUUGAGCUUAGAUCUCGUGUCACUGUUGCACAAAAGAGCAACAGUGGUGGUGCUGUUUCAAAAACCAGUGUAAACAAACACCCAGUGGAUGCUGAGUUCUUGUUAUCGUUCAUAUCUGAGAACGUCUCGGUUAUGUAUGGUAGCCCUCGUUCCCUGAGGGAGGGAAUGGAGACGUCACGUCAGUGACCGACGAACUGGGAUCUCAAUUCCAAUUCGUCGGUCACUGACGUGACAUCGAGAGUGACUGACUGAAAGGGAACAGAUUUAUUCUCACACGUUCAUUAUAAAGAAUAUAAUUUCUAUUCAUUCUCCACUGAAUUAUGUGAUAUGAAGAGCACUGUCCGUUUUCUUUCACUUGCGUGAGUGUUAUGAGUCAGAGUGUGUUCACUCUAGAUCUACCAAUCAUGUGAUCAUAUCUCCUGCCCCUCCACAUGAAAAAAAUUAAGAGAAUAAUUUUUCUACACAUCAAACAUAAAAGCAAAUAGACAUGAGAUUAUGACGAUAUAUUUUCUGUGUAUGUUUUUAUGCAGCUCAUGAUAUUUUCAUAACAAUAAAUGAUGAUUAUGACAAAUGAUAA